CUUUAAAUGUACAGAAGUGAAUUUCACUUUCAGCUUAUAAGACUUAAUCAUCUAGCAUCUAAUAAUUCACCAUGAAUUUAUUUUUGAUUUUCUUUUUAUUCUUUAGUGCUUAUAUUAGUGAUUUUUCUGUGAUAUCGACUCCAGUGCCAAUUGGUUUCCUGUUUCCAGGACCUUCAUCAGACGAUUAUCCUUUAAAUCGGUAUGAAAGUGGUCCUCAAGGCCGGCACUUGUUUCACAAGAAGAAACAUCAUGGGUUUCCAGGAGGUCAUGGCUGCCGAGGUCACGGUUGUGGUGGAGGCUACGGAUGGCAGCCGGACUACGAGGGUUAUUACCCAGACAAUCAGCCUGGUGGCUCCUUCGCCACAGCAUCCGCAGGAUCCCUUGGCCCUUCCCCUUAUGGAGGCUCAGCCAGCCAAGCCAAUGCUCAAAGUGCGACUUUUAACUUCGGACCUAUUUCAGCAUCUUUCAGCAAUGCUCAAGCAUCAUCUGGUGGUUAUUCUAGUUUUAAAAAAUAAUUUUAUAUAAAUAAAUACAUUUGCAUAAUUAUUUUUUUUAAUCUUUUUCGAGGGUUAAAUCUUUUUAUUUCAUCAACUCUGAAUUAAGAUUAAAGUUUAUUUUGACAGUAAAUGAAUGCAUUUGUCUGAAAUGUUGAGACCUGAGGGUCAAUGUACUUGGGGAGGAGUUAUCUUCACAAAUGAAAGAAAAAAAAUAUAUUAAAUAAAAUGAGA